AAAUGAUGUUAUUUGCUUCCGGGUCAAUCAUUAACAACAACAACAACUGAAAAUUUUGUUCAUUGGUCUGUACAUUUAUUUCAAGUGUCAAGAUGUGUCAUGCAGAAACAUUGAGUGGAUUUAUUGAUAGAUAAGAAGGUGAUUGAGGUAUACUUCUUAUGAUAUAAAUCAAAAAAUAGGGUGUAGACAUGGCAUUGAUAGGUAAUUUUCGCUCUCAGAUGUUAUGGGAGAACAUCAGGAAAGGUGAUCUGUCAGCAGUUGUCAACCUACUAGAGAAUGGAACAAUUAACUUGGAGGAGAGGGACGAGAAUGGUCAGACAUUUUUGAUGGUGGCAUGUCAACAAGGGGAGAUAAGUCUAGCAAGAGAAUUACUGGAUGCCGGGAUUGACCCUAAUGCAACAGAUAAUGAUAACUGGACAGCUCUACUGUAUGCUGCGAAGGAUGGUCAUCUAGAGAUCUGUAUAGAAUUGUUAGAGAGAGAUGCUGAUAUAGAACAUAGAGAUCUGUGUAAUUGGACAGCAUUAAUGUGGGCAUCAUAUAAAGGUAGAGAUGAAGUUGUACAGGAAUUACUUGACAGAGAUGCUGACCCUAACAUUAAAGCUGAGCACAAUAUGUCAUGUCUAGGCUGGGCAUCUGGUAGAGGACAUCUUGGUGUAGUUAAAGCACUGGUAGAGAAAGGUGCUAGAGUUAACAGUACUGAUAAGUAUGGUACGACACCUCUCAUCUGGGCAUGUAGGAAAGGUCAUGCUGAUAUAGUGACAGAAUUAUUACAACAUGGUGCUUAUGUUGACAAUACAGGAAUGGACUCUCUGACAGCUGUACUAGUGGCAACUAAAGGAGGUUUUGCAGAAGUUGUACAAGCUCUGUUAGAACAUGAUCCAAAUGUUAAUGCUGUUGAUAAGGAUGGUUUCACAGCUCUUACAAUAGCAGCUAAGGAGGGAUAUGAAGAUAUUGUACAAGAACUACUUGCUAAAGAUGCUUAUGUCAACAUUGCUGAUAGGGUUGGAGAUACUAUAUUGAUACAUGCAGUAAAGGGAGGUUAUACUGGUAUAGUUAGGGCAUUACUCAACAGAUAUGCUGAUCUUGAUGUGGAGGGUAAUGAGAGAAAAACAGCUUUAUAUUGGGCCGUAGAGAAAAGCCAUCCUGACAUUGUCAAGUUACUGCUAGAAAAUGAUGCUGAUAUGGAAAUAUCUACUAAAGAUGGAGACACACCACUGAUGAGAGCUGUACGUAACAGAAAUGAGCUGAUUGUGAGAUUACUGCUAGAUAAAGGGGCAAAGGUCGCUGUUUAUGAUAAGAAAGGGGAUACAGCUCUACAUAUAUCAUUAAGAGCUAGAAGUAAACGUAUAACAGAGUUGUUGUUGAGAAAUCCUCGUAAUAGUCGACUGCUGUACAGACCUAACAAAUCUGGAGAAACACCAUACAGUAUUGAUGCCUAUCAUCAGAAAGGAAUUCUUACACAAAUACAUGGACAUAGGCAAUUAAAUGCAAGUGAUGGAGAAAAUUUACUAGGUUAUGAGAUCUACAGUAGUUCAUUGGCUGAUAUAUUGAGUGAACCUUCGUUAAACACACCUAUUACAGUAGGACUUUAUGCUAAAUGGGGGAGCGGUAAAUCAUUCCUCAUUGGCAAACUGAAAAAUUUGGCAGGUAUUAUUUGGAUAUGUUCAACAAGGUAUAAUGUACAUUUUUGUUGGCGGAUAAGUCGGGCAAUAGGAAAACGUUUACAGAUACUAACUUUACUUCUACAGAUAUUAUUCUGUAAUCCAGUCAGUAGAAUAAGUUCUAGUACAGAUGUUCCUUUAGUCAAGUUUUUAUUUUCUGAGAAUACAAAGUUAACAAGUGUUGGUGGGGAGAAAGCCCUGGCGGCAAUGAUUGCUGGACUUAGUGAAUCUGUAGAGAAAGAGUUUGGCAUGGUGUCUUCUAGAUUAUUUGGGGUGCUAAAACAUGUAUCUGAUAGUAGUAAGUGGGCAUUUACAAAUAAGAUAUCAUCGUUGGGGUUUUUUUACUGUGUUAUAAUUGUUGGUAUAUCUCUAUUAGUGACAUAUAAACUCGAGACACAUGCUGUAAAUGGUGUAAUGAUAGCAUUAGCAUGUGUCGUAGGUCUGUCGCUGCUGACUAAUAUACACAACAUUGGUCGAGCCUUUCUAUCCAUGAUUAUACCCCCAGAGACCCUAGAAUAUCAGGGACUGCAAGCUAAGAAACAGCGUUUAACAAAGAGUGUGUCAACGUAUGAAUUGAACCACGAGUCACCAACUCAUAAUCAUAAAUCAUACAGGCGUAAGGACUCGACUGUGUCUGGGUUCUCGUUGUGUGAAGCAGUCUACCAGCACCAAGAUUCAACGGUGUCACAGAUCUCUGGGUUCUCAGUUAUAGAUCCGAGCAUAAAGAAGGGUCGUUCCAAACCUCGUAAUGACAGUCUGACACAAGUAACCCACUCAAACUUCGAUAUUUCACACACGUUAACCAAGAACGACUAUUUUAGUGAUAUCAAUCCUAAAAGUAUGAGACGAUUAAUGAAUAUAGUUGCUGUUACUGGACGUUUGUUGAGAGCAUAUAACAUAGAUUUUAACUGGUAUCGCCUGGCAGCCUGGGUAAACCUUGUAGAACAGUGGCCAUACAGAUUGUCCUGGUGUAUUCUCUUCUUUGAGGAACAUGAUGAUCUUAAUGAUGAUGUUACAUUGAAGUUUAUAUAUGACAAGAUUGAAGGUCAGAUGCCAAGUUCAAGUGAAGUAGAACCUCUGUUAGAGAUUGACAGGAACGUUCGAAAACUACAAGUUUUCCUCGGUAGCAAGUCGGCUAGUUCACCAAUGUUAAGCAUUGCUGACCUGAAGAAAUUCCUUCCAUGUACAAUAAAUCUAGACCCCUACCUGAGAAAACUUAUCAGAAAUCUUCAGCAACAGUUGAACCAGUCUGAGAUCCCCAUGAACAUAUACAGUCAACCUCCAAAUCUGACUCCCUCAAAACCCAACCAGGAAUCAAAUCCUUAUUUGAAAUCUAGCCUCCAUAGAACUCCAGGGAAACAACCAAUAGGAGCUGUGUAUCCAGGUCACAUGAUGCAAUAUGGACCAAUGAUGUAUCCUCAUUUAAUGGGCAUGCAAAAUCCUUAUAUGAUGGGGAUGGGAAUGGCAGGGUCAAGUCAUCAUCGACCUGUCGCAGAGCAAACGGAAUCGGUGAAGAAGUUUGUCAAUCCAAGGCAAUAUAUCACAGGAUAUACGGGUGAGGUAUUGAGUAAAUUAAAUACUGAGGAAGUGUCAAAUCUUCUAGCUCGUAUUGGGGGUAUAAAUCUCCAACAGUUACCAAUAUAUCAGGAAGCUGUAGUAGACAAUAAUAUAAAUGGUAUGGUUUUAACUGACUGUGACCUUGAUGAUCUUGGCAAGUGUUUACAAAUGAAAUUCGGAGAUUGGCAACUUUUCCGCACUGCAGUAAAAUCAUUACGAGAUGCUGAAGUAAAUUUGCCAGAGGUUUCAUCACAGGAUGACAUUGAAAUUCGACCUCCUGCCACAAAAAAGAGUAAGUCUAGCUCAGACAAUGUACCGAGAACCAUUCACUUUUCUAAUUCUGAUACAAACAGCCCACCUGAAAGUAAGAAUAGUGCAGAACAAGUGAGAUCUAGAGGAAAGUUUAGACGCCAGUCAACUGUAGACACAGAAAAGAGUUCUAAUUCUGCAUUUGAUGCGAUUGAAGAAGAGAUUAAUGAUGAAGAAGAAGAAAUGAAAGCAAGAGCAAAGCCAAUGAAGAGAAAUGAUAGUGUUGUAGCACAGAUGAUGUAUGAAUCUAGUUUGUUGAAUGAGUUUGUACAUAACUUUACAGAGAAUAACUCCGGUGAAGAUGAUAACUUUGAAGGUGAAAGCGAUGAGGAAAUGUUUCCAAAUGGAGAUGUAGUAAGGCUAAUUAGACCAGAUAGUGAUAUAGUUCAAACAUCACCUGUAGAGUUCAGUUUGUCUGUUGAACAUCAUUUUGAUGAUGAAAAUCAGUCACCCAUUUCAAACAGUCAGGACUCGGAAAAUGAACCUCUUCUGGCACAUGCAAAGAGUGGGAAGAAAUCGACUGGUUUCAGUGACCCUGCAUCUAGUAUGAACCUUUCAACAGGGAAGACAGCAAUAUAUGAUGAAUCCUCCAGAGGAAAAAAUGUACAUUCUGAGCCAAAUCUCAUGCACCAUGAGAGACAGCAUUUGCUAAAAUCUUCAAAAACUUUGUCGAGCGAAUCUUCAGGGUUUGCUGAUACCAGUUUAUAUCCACAAACAUCUGUUAGUGAUAGUUUAGACUGUCUUUCAUUGAUAGAUGAAACACAGGAAAGCAAACAGGGCACCAGUCUUGAGGAAAGUAUACAAAUGUAUACAAUGCAAAAAGCGGAAGGUAGUUCAAGUGCAACAGAUGGUCAGUUUAAUUCUGAGCGUCAAUUGAUUACCAGUAAAGAUGGAAAGGGAGAGGAGAAGUUACCCAGUGAUUUUGUUUAACUCUACAAUAUUGUGUGAUAUGCACAUUGCAGAAGUCUUGUCUUUCAAGUCAUGGAAUUUGGAUAUUUUGUUUUAAAUCUUGUGGACAUAUUUAAGAUUUAACACAAAGAUAAUGAUUGAUUUAUUAUAAUUAUAGCUUAUAGAAGGUUUUAAUGAUUUUGUUGUCAAUGGGAAUCAUGUAAUUAUAUGAUUUUUAUCUGUUAUUUUUGUAUGGUCUAAAUUUCAAGUAUUGAAAAAUGGUGUAUUUUGAUAUUUGUUAGUAGUUGUUUGAAGUGGAAAGUUUGGGUUUACUGAAGUACUGUCUUAUUGACCUAUGAGAGUACAGUUAUGACAGGACUUUAGUAAACCCUUAAAUGUUCAAUUAUCAGUCUCUACAGAUCUCAAAUUAUUUGUAGAUUAUAAACAUGUUAUACAUAUUUAAGUUCAUGUUAAGAACAAUUUUCAAACUGGUUUAUUAUGUUCAGGUUGAUAACUCUGGCAUAAAUAUGUCAUAGUGUUUUUUAAAGAGUUUAUUUUUUAAAUAAACCUUUAAACCUAGUUAUAAGUUAUAACUUAACACAUUGUUAAAUAAAUGUGCAUGCCUUGCAUUUAAAAAAACUGUUUUAAUUUAUCGAAUAAUUAUUUUAAUUUAUCAGUAAACAUGGUAUAUUGCUCAACAAAAGUCAAUUAUAGGCAACCUUUAUUGAAUAAUUAUUCUAAAUUUGUCUGUGAUCGAUUUUUUUCUCUUUAAUACGCUGAAUUGCAUACAAAAACCACUACAACAA